AUCCGCAUGAGCAAAGCAAGGACGCGCCUAGCUCCUCCGAUCGAGUGCAUCAAAUCCAGUCUGCUUCGCAUCACGACGGACUCAGUAUCCGUCCUCGAGUGCCAAUUCAAUUGAUUUUUUUUCCCAAGCCCAGGCUUCUGUGUGUCUAUAUGUUUGGCCAAUUUCGCUCUGCUUCUUGGAAAUGAAACUAUUCGACUGGAGUGGUGGAGUGCGCCACUUUGAUGUGGCCCUCUUGGUGGCAGUGCUCAUCCUCGAAAUGAUACCAACGACGACGACGAUGACAACGGUCGAGGCAGCAGUAGCAGCAUCAGUGAUCCACGCCAGCAGCUGGCAGCAGACAAACAGUGCGCAGAUUGAUGAACCCACCUGCCCUACCGGAUCCACUUGCGUACGUCCGUUACGAUGCGAUGCCCUGAUGCAGCUGUAUUGGUCCAACCUGACAUUGGCCAUGGAAAUGGGAAUCCGUUCCGACAUCGACUCGCUAUUCCAUCGUCCUGCCACCGAAGACGCCGCAUUUCAGCGCUGCUGGAUUUUCACCGAAUCAAGUGAACGGACAGACCACCAUGAAGGGGUCUGCUGCCAGCUGGAGGAAUCUCGCGGUGGCUACAUUUCCCAACUCGAUGAAGUGGGAAAUAAUGCGUUACUUUUCGACCCGGAUGAUGACGUGGAGAAGGAGAACGAGGAGGCUCGGACGAUGGAAGACACUGCUGAAGAGGAACAGCAGCUCAGCAACGACAUCGAUCAGGACUGGCGGCAAAGCAAUUACCGAAAGAGCGUGAUUUCGGAUUACGAGCAGUUAAUCGGCUAUGCACCAUACAAGCAACCUCAAACCCGGUCCAAGCGUUGCCUCGUUGGGCCAGAAUGUGCAGUCAAGGACCACCGCUACCGUCGAUUCAAUGGCCGUUGCAACAACAUUCACCCUGGCAGGUCUCUUUGGGGCUCAGCUGGCUACCCCAUGGAACGAAUCCUUCCCCCAGCAUAUGGCAACGGAAUUUCUUCCUCCCGAACGUUGUCGUCUGACGGUCGAUUCCUGCCAAGCUCACGAGUCGUGUCGGAUACCAUGUUCGGAGAUCUCCACAUCCCACACCGUAAGCAUAACGUACUGAUGAUGCAGUUGGGACAGUUCUUGGUGCACGAUAUCAGCCGGAACAAAGCUGCCAUGACCAACUCCAGGUGCUGUUUGCCCGAUAACAGUCACCGAGAUCCCCAUCCCCACAAGGCAUGCUCACCGAUUCGGGUGUCUGCUAAGGAUUCUUUCUAUUCGCAAUUUAACGUCAAAUGCAUGCAUUUCGUGCGAACGGCUAUGGCACCCCUCGAUCAGUGCCACGUUGGACACGGUAGACAAAUAUCCGAAGUAACACACUUCAUCGACGGAUCAAUGAUCUACGGUAGCUCGAAGCAAGAGGCAGAUCAACUACGUGCUCAUCAAGGUGGGCGGCUGAAGUCUCUCGUACAUAAACACGCCCAUAACGAACUUCCCCCACUGGACGAACCUUUAAUGUGUACCUCGGCUGCAAAAGCUUGUUUCAAAGCAGGUGACACGAGAAUCAAUCAAGUGUUGACGCUGGUUGCCCUCCAUACAUUAUUCCUGCGGGAACACAAUCGGAUCGCUCGAAAGAUGGAGAAAAUCAAUCCACACUGGUCCGAUGACAUUCUUUUCCACGAAACGCGACGUAUCGUAGCAGCUGAAUUUCAACACAUUAUCUACAACGAAUAUCUGCCGAAAGUGGUGGGGCCAGAUUUCAUAGAGAUGUACGAUCUGCACACUUCCAAGGGAUUCAGCAAAUUCUACAAUUCGAAGAAGAACCCUGCUCUGACAAGUGAAUUCGCAACCGCUGCGUUCCGUUUCGGACACUCUACUGUACCCGGUCAACUCGAAUUACCAAAAGCAGUCAUCAAUAUCCACGAGACGUUCUUCAACCCAUCGGCGAUCACCGAACCGAAGUUUUUCGAUGAACUAUUCCACGGAAUCAUGCAACAGCCGAUGCAGAAAGUAGACGACAUGUUCACGCAUAGUUUGACGAGGCUCCUCAACCCGGAAGAAGGGCAUCCCUAUGGAAUGGAUUUGGCCGCAAUCAACAUCCAGCGAGCCAAGGAUCACGCUGUCCGGCCAUACAACCAUUACCUCCAGCUAAACAAACGGAAAGUUAAACGCACUUUCGAGGAGUUCGGUCCGGUGCAUGGCCCCAAGCUGGCCAAACUCUACGCCAGUCCGGACGACGUCGACCUGUAUGUGGGCGGGAUUCUGGAGAAACCGGUCAAGGGUGGUGUGGUGGGACAGACGUUUGCCGAAAUUAUAAGCGAUCAGUUCGUGCGCUUGAAGGAAGGCGAUCGUUACUUUUACAGCAACAGUCGCAAGAGCAAUCCGGGUCACUUUACGAAGCCGCAGCUGCAGGAGCUGCAGAAGAUGACCAUGGCUGGGAUUAUCUGCGCCAACGUUAACGAUAAGAACAGCUUUGAAGUGGCACCGGAGGCGCUCAAUCUGCCGCACGCUAGCAAGAAUCCACUUGUUUCGUGUCGGUCAGAUAAGAUUCCUAAAUUGAACUUGAAGUGGUGGAAAGAUUGAAGAGGUUUUCACUCGAUGGGCUAUUUAAAGUGUUGUUAUAUUGUUGAAAUAUAUGUAUUCGUAUUUGUGCAUGUUAUGUGAAAUGUGUAAUAAAAGCAGAUCAUGCUUUUUUAUUAGUUUCAA